AUGACAGCUUUACCCACCGUUCUGCAAGAAAGCUGUGCUCGUGGCAGUUAUGACAGUGAAUGCAAUUCACAAUCUGCCAUUGAGGCAGAUGACAACGUGCUCUUCCUUGGAAAUCUGUCAUGGAGGAAGACUGCUGAACCCAGCACGUUUCUGGGUUCUAUGAAAAACUCUUUCCAUGCCAACAGAGCUAAUAUAGAUUCAGCCCUGCUCACCCAGGCGCUGCCUUCCCUGUAUCAGCAGCCCGCUGCUUCUCUUGAUCUCUCAGGGAAUGGUGGCACCAGAGUCCCAUUUCCCCAAGGCACAGAGAAGCCCAACGCUUCACGCUGCGCCUUCCUGCAGGAGACUCCAUCUCUCCUGUCCAAGAGCUGGAAUCCCAGCACCUCUAUUAAGUGGCAACUUGCUACUCUGCUGGUGCUAGGAGGUCUGCCUCCCACAGGUCACAGAGACUCAGCACUGUCCACUGUGACUACAGGAGAGCACCAUACCCCCAUCAAAGAAUGGGAACUCCAGACCCUUUGUUGGGAGGAGAAAGAGAGCGACCCCGCCCCGCCUGAGCAGCGUCCCUGCGCGCGGCGGCGGUGGCGGUGGCUUCGGGCAGGAGCCGGCGAGCAGGUGGGGGCGGCGGCCCCGCCUCUGCGUCCCGGCAGCACCAGAGCAGGCGGCGGGGAGCGAGCGGGGCGCACGGAGCUGAGCACCGAGGCAGCGCGGCCGCAGUGGCGCCGCCGGGAGCGCGGUGGCUGCGGGACGGACCCGGGACCCGGGAGCCGGGAGGCUGCGGGGACGACGAUCGGAGCUCGAGUGCAGCCCUGUCCCCGCCACGGCAAGCGGCAGGUUAGCACAGACACUUCCAGCUUGAGAAAGGCAGACCCAAAAGGUCGGAGCGCACUGUUGGCUGAUAUCCAGCAAGGAACCCGCCUGCGAAAAGUCACACAGAUCAAUGACCGCAGUGCUCCUCAAAUCGAGAGUUCGAAAGGAACCAAUAAAGAAGGAGGAGGCCCUGCAAAUUCCAGAGGAGGAAGCACACCCCCAGCCCUGGGAGAUCUCUUUGCUGGUGGCUUUCCUGUGUUGCGACCAGCAGGUCAGAGGGAUGCAGCAGGUGGCAGGACAGGGCAGGCCCCUGGCUCCCGAGCGCCUUCUCCCAGGCUUCCCACCAAAACCAUAAGCGGCCCACUUAAACUCCCUGCAUCUCCCAGGCUAGGCAAUGCCUCCGAGGCCCAGGGCCCUGCCAGGACCGCCCCUCCUCGCCCCAGUGUGCCGGCACCCCCACCGCCCACCUCGCCACCACCUCCCCCUCCGCUACCUCCCCCUCUACCCACUUCCUCCCCCAUCAAAGCCCCGCUGGUGUCCCCACCCAGCCCACCAUCCAAAGGGAAUCCUCCGGUGGUUGCACCCCCUCUCCCCAGCGUGCCUCCACCUCCACCUCCUCCCCCCACCCCACCCCCACCUCCUCCUCCCACCCCACCCCCACUGCCCCCGGCCUCAGUGCUGGGUGACAAGGCAGUGAGGCCCCAGCUAGCCCCCUUACACCUCCCGCCCAUCCCGCCCCCGCUGCCUCUCCUCCCGCCUUGUGGGUACCCGGGCCUCAACUCAGAGCCGGUCAGCCCCGCCCAAGAAGUGCGGGAGCCCCCCGCCCCACCGCCCCCACCACCCCCACCACCCCCGCCUCCCCUGUACUCCUCCUGCUCCCCCAGGGCCUCAGUGCCCGCACCCCCUUUGCCAGGCUCUAAUAGCUGCAGUGAAGCACCUCCUCCCCUGCCCCCCAAGUCCCCCAGCUUCCAAGCCCAGCCGCAGAAGGCCGGUGUGCAGGCCCUGCCCGGGGCUCAGGUGCUCCUGCAGAAGAAGAGGAUGGGCCGAGGCCCAGGGACUAGUGGGGGGAAGCUAAACCCACCUCCGGCACCGCCUGCAAGAUCACCCACCACAGAGCUUUCAAGCAAGAGCCAGCAGGCCUCCACCUGGACCCCGUCCCAGCAGCCCGGAGGUCAGCUGCGAAACGGAAGCCUGCAUAUCAUGGAUGACUUCGAGUCUAAAUUCACGUUCCAUUCUGUGGAAGACUUUCCCCCUCCAGAUGAAUACAAACCAUGCCAGAAGAUUUACCCCAGCAAGCUCCCCAGAAGUCGCACACCUGGUCCCUGGCUCCAGACAGAGGCAGCUGGGCAGAACUCUGAUGAUAUCAAAGGCAGAAAUUCUCAGUUAUCUCUAAAGACACUGCGGUGAGAUGCUGGAUGAAGCCAGAGUCCUGGGGUUCCGCAUGCAGGAUAGGCACCCCAGGGGAAUGUGUCAGACUCCAUACUCAAGCUGUAUUCAGUUGACAUACAGGCUUUCUGAAUGGAGCACUUAUUUAUUGUAAAAACAUGGUUUGCACGGGCUUUUAGAGCAUUUUAGACAACUUUUAUUUGAGUAAUAUUUUUAAAGACACCAGUUCUCCAAUUUUUUUUUAAGCUUCUUGGCAUUCUUCCCUCUGUACAGGUAGAGCCCUGUCCCACACAUUGUGCCCAUUCUGUGACUUUACAUGUGCUUGUGGCCUGGCCCUUUCUAGAUUCUGAACUGUUUUUAGAGCGUCCUUAGCUUGCAGGUAGUCCUAAGUCAUAAGUAUCCACAUGGCUUCUUAUUGGCAUGACUUUAUAUUCUCAUCACAACAACCACAAAAGCAAACCAAAUAAUGCCUUAUAAAAGAUGCAGCUCAGAGGAAGUAGUGUGUCCCCGACAUCUGACAGUGCCGUGCAACCUCCAGUGAGCAAGACGCCAUGUCUCGCUUCCAUUUUGCAGUACAGGGAUGUCUUUUUGCUGCUUGAUGUAAAUAUAUUGCAACGCAAAGGCAAAAGUGGGCUUGGUCCCUCCCUUGCCUUCCGCAGGGCCCCUUUUGUAACUGAAUUCCUACAAGUAGCCAAUGCUCUUACUGUUUACAGUGUCCCUAGCACCCAUGUCUCUGUCACUUUCCUCUUAUCCCUCUAAGUUCCCGGCCUCAUCCUGGUAGUAGCCAGGGUGAGAUCAGCUUUAUGAGAUUUUGGUACUUUUUGUCCCUCUGAAGAUUACAAACAUACACAACUUCACGAUGACAGUAAACUACUAAUUGCAUCUCAGAGGUCUCCCUCCCCAACCCCCAUCUCCAGUAAAGGAUUUCCAUGCGAAAUAUGACACCAAAAAGUGUAGAAUGAAACAUCUCAUGAAGUACAUGUCUCAAAUAUCUGGCCACACUCCAACCCUUUAGAAAUUUGGGAACAUCCAUCAGGCAAACAGAGCUCCCUUCUAAGUUGAAGAAGGGCACAACUGGCUUAACCACUCCCCUCGUCUAUACUGGGCCCCAAGAGCAGGUGGCAGAGGGUCA